UUAAAAUAAUGGAAAGUUGCUGGCAUUCAGAUCCGGACAAAAGAGUUAAGCUCAAUGGUGGGUUUGGAUUGUCUGAGUUUAAUUUACUUAUUGGAAAAGCAGAAAGAGAAGAAAUAAAAUUUCCAGAAAAUAAAGAUACAAGUAUUUUACCAACUAAAAUAAAUGAACAAGCUAUUUAUUCUAGUCAACUAUUAACACCAUUAAUUAGUAAAGCAUUGACUUUACAAAGUAUGAAACUAAAUAGUAAUACAAUUACAGAUAUUCGAAUGGCAUUAAAAAGUAAUCAAACAGAUGAUGAUUCUAAAGCGAUUGAAUUUGAUAUAAACAAACAUGAAUAA